CUCCGGGCAUGAUGGAGCAUCCAUGUGGUCGUCGUCGCCGGCCAGCGCGGUCCGCCCCAUCCACCCACCUAUAUAUCCUCCUCGCAUCCUCUCCCCGCCCGGCCCAUAGCACCAGACAUGCGCUUCAACGACGGUUUCUGGCACUUGAAGGGUGGCGUCAAGGCACACUACGGCCUCCAGGUCGUCCAAGCCACUCCGGACGGCGAUGGGUACAAUCUGCACGUCUCUACCAAGAUGAUCCGCCACCGUGGAGACACGCUUGCUGGACCCGUGUUGAGCAUCCGUGUACACUCCCCAACCGAAGGCGUGAUUGGCCUUAGGAUCGACCACUUCAAGCACACCGAGCCGACCCCGAACUUCCAGCUGUUCCCCGACGAUCCUCCCAUCCCCUCAGCUUUGCUUUCCAAAGGCGAAGUCUCCUGGUCAUUGACCAGUGGAGAUCUUACUGCCGAAGUCACAGAAAACCCAUACACUGUCACUUUUCGUUCACCGACCCGCACACUCACUACCGCAGGGUACAAGCACCAGGCGAUCUACGAUGUGCCGUACAAGUGGACCUUGAGAAGUGCAUCCAACGGAUCGUGUCUCGCGACAGACACCAGCUCGAACCCACAACCAGAGCCGGUACCGGAAGUCGUUCGGUACGUCCACUCCGAGCUGAACCUAUCCCCGGGCGAGCUCGUGUAUGGGCUCGGCGAGCAGUUCGGUGCUUUCGUGAAAAAUGGCCAGAGCAUCAGUAUUUGGAACCAGGACGGUGGUACGUCCAGCGAACAAGCAUAUAAGUGUGUGCCUUUCUACAUUACGAAUCGAAAUUACGGCGUCUUCAUCAACCAUCCUGGCGAGGUCGAAGUCGAGAUCGGUAGCGAGAAGGUCAGCAGGGUUGGCGUGAGCGUCGCCGGCGAGACCCUCGAAUACUUCAUCAUCUACGGCGCCACGCCCUUGGAGAUCCUCGAACGCUAUACUCGUAUGACAGGCCGUCCAGCCUUGCUCCCCACGUGGACAUUCGGGCUCUGGCUCUCGACCUCGUUCCUGACUUCCUACGACGAGAAGACCGUAUCGGGCUUUUUACAGGGCAUGCAGGAUCGACAUUGCCCCGUACGGGUCUUCCACCUUGAUUGCUUCUGGAUGAAGCAGUAUGAAUGGUGUUCUUUUACCUUCGACCCGGACAAUUUCCCCAAUCCGAAGGCUUAUUUGUCCGAGAUCAAGCGCAAGUACGGCGUGAAGAUUUGCGUGUGGAUCAAUCCGUACAUUUCCCAGCUAUCGCCUAUCUUCCAGGAAGCGGUGAAGGAGUCGUACCUGAUCAAGCGAAAAGACGGCACGCCCUGGCAAUGGGACCUAUGGCAGCCUGGCCUUGGCGUCGUGGAUGUCACCAACCCGAAAGCACGGGAAUGGUACCAAAGCAAGCUGGAGGCCCUCAUGGAUCUUGGCGUGGACACGUUCAAAACGGACUUCGGCGAGCGCAUCCCACAUGCAUCAGUCGCCUUCCAUGAUGGCUCCGACCCGAUGCGUAUGCAUAACGCAUAUGCCGUGAUCUACAAUAAGCUGGUGUUCGAGGUGAUCGAGCGGCGCUUCGGGAAGGGUGAGGCAGUCGUUUUCGCGCGGUCUGCGAGCGCAGGUGGACAGAGGUUCCCAGUGCACUGGGGAGGAGAUUGCGAAUCGACGUUUGAGGCGAUGGCAGAGACGAUCCGAGGAAACUUGAGUCUCACCGCUUCCGGAUUUGCUUUCGCAUCGCAUGACAUCGGAGGCUUUGAGGGACAUCCGCCUCCGGAAAUCUAUCAUCGUUGGGUUGCGUUCGGACUAUUUUCAUCGCAUUCCAGACUGCACGGUUCGAUGUCCUACCGUGUUCCUUGGCACUAUGGCGAGGAGGCGGCCGCAUACAUGGCGCGCUUCCUGGAUGCGAAGCAUAGGCUCAUGCCAUACUUGUACAACCUGGCGCUUAAAGCACGAACACACGGGCAUCCUCUCCAGCGCGCCAUGUUCAUCGAGUUUCUGAACGACCGGACCACACAUCAUCUCGAUCAGCAGUACAUGCUCGGCCCAUCCCUGCUGGUAGCACCUGUAUUCGUUCCGCAAGGCGAAGACUCAGAGUACUACCUCCCAGCAGGGCGCUGGACUUCCUUCUUCCACCCACAGCGCGUGCUCGACGGCCCACGUUGGGUUCAAGAGGCUGUCCCGAUAGAUGAAAUUCCCGUGUGGGUGCGCCCCGGCACGGUGCUGUGUCUCGGGCCGCAGGGCAUCGGCCGCCCCGACUAUGACUACGCGGAAAAGUUGGAUGUGCAGGUGUACGAACUGGCGGAGGGACAGACCGUGCAGGUGGACGUGCCGGCGGGAAAUGGGAUGAAGAUCGCGGGAACAGUGAGGGGAGAGAGGAGAACGGGGGAGGUUGUGGUGAAUGUUGUAGCUGGAUCGCUGGCGCUGACGAGUGUCAGUGUAUUCCUGGGCGGGCAGGAGCGCAGGCUUAACGUCGACGAGGGGCAGACGCAGAUAUCGCUGAAGCUCUAG